GUAAAUUAACACGAAAUCAAUGCACUACAAACGAAAACAACCAAAGUCUUUGAUCCAAAAUCCAAACAAAGACGCAACAUAUCCGCUUCCUUUCUCAAAGUUACACAAAUCCAUUUUUCAGAUCUCAAAUUGAUGCAGUUACCGCCCUAAACCACCUGAUUCUCCGCCGAACCAGCCGGAGAAAAUGGCGGAAUCCUCAAAUCGGAGGCACAAAUUCAACCACAAUUCACCACCGGCCGACGAAAUCACCGGAGAAAUGACUCUCGACCGCCUGUCCUCAGAAGUCCUCGCCACAAUCAUGACAAAACUCGAUGUCUCUUCGAUCUGCGCCAUAACUCUAACUUGCAAAAGUUUUCGCAUAUGCGCUCAAGACAUCUUCAAAUUCAUCCCUAAUUUUCACCUUCUGGAAAUUGCUGCUCCGAUUGAUCGGUUACGGCGAUUGUUGUUACCGAACGCUUCGUUGCGGAGUUUGAAGCUUGAUUGCAGGAGGUUGAAUGAAUCUUCGAUUGAUUGUAUUCUUCAGCCUGGAUUGGUUGAACUGACGCUACGGAAUUGUUAUAAGUUUAGCGGGAAGCUGCUUUCUGAAGUUGGAGCACGGUGCAAAGACCUAAGGUCUCUCUAUGUGAGUUCUGUAGCUGAUAAUCGAGCACAUAUACAUGAUGUCUGUGACCUUGAGGAGUUACUCCGGGGUUGCACUCAAUUGGAAGAACUUGUCUUAAUGUUUGAUGCCUCAAUAUUCCGUCGCCCCGAUUUUGCUCGUGUCUGGACAUUGGCUUCUACUAAACUCAUUUAUCUUCAAAUCGGGUACAUAACCCAACUAAUGGUCAUAGAGCUGCUUAGCCCAACCGUAGCACCAAAUCAAUCACCCAAUCACAUCCUGCCACAUGUAUUUCCAAAUAUUCACAAACUUUGCCUUUCAGUAGACUACAUUUCCAACACCAUGGUCAACAUAAUCUCAAACACACUCAUCCAUUUAACCCAUUUAGACCUUCGAGAUCAGCCCGUCAUUGAACCCGGGCUUGCAUUUGACCUUACAGACGAAGGUCUUCAGUUGAUUAACCAACAUGGAAGAUUAAAACACCUUUCCCUUAUUCGUAGCCAAGAGUUUAAUCCAACGUUCUUCAGAAGAGUUACGGAUCAGGGCAUUCUUUUUAUGGCUGACCGAUGUACAAAUAUGGAAAGCAUAUGUCUUGCCGGAUUUUGCCAGGUCACAGAUACUGGUUUCAAAACUCUUCUUCAUGCCUGCACUAACUUAUAUAAAUUGAACAUUUUUAACGGGACCCGAAUGACCGAUCUCGUAUUCCAUGACAUGUAUGCUACUUCACUUGCUUUAACUUUUGUAAGCUUAAGAUGCUGCAACCUGUUAACAAACUCCGCUGUCCUACAAUUAGCACUAAAUAUGGAUCUCACCGUGCUUGAUUUUAGAGAUUCGAGAAAUAUCGGUGAUAAAGCACUUCAAGCUGUUAGCAAACUUCCAAAACUGAGGACUUUGCUGUUAGAUGGAACCGAUGUAACCGAUUUGGGUUUGUCAUAUUUACAGAGGGGUGCGGAAAGCAGUCUUGUAAAGUUAUCCAUUAGGGGGUGUAAGAGGUUAACAUGCAAGUGUGUUUCUUCUAUUUUUAACGGUGGGUCAAAUCGAGAACUAAGAGAAUUGGAUUUGUCUAAUCUACCUAAUCUCACAAAUGGCGGUGUGCUUUUUCUUGCAAAGAAUCGAAUUCCGCUUGUUGAUCUUCGAAUGAGACAAUGCCCUCUUAUCGGUGACACGUCGGUGAUGGCGUUAGCGUCAAUGACGAUGGCUGAUGGUGACAGGUGGCAUGGUAGUAGUUUGAGAUCAUUGGAUUUAUACAACUGUGGUGGGAUCUCUAAACUUGCUUUUCAAUGGUUAAAGAAACCGUAUUUCCCUGGGUUGAGGUGGUUGGGAGUAGCAGCUUCUCUACAUCAUGAGUUAGUUGACUCAUUAGCGAUAAAUAGACCGUUUUUGAACUUGAUGACUCGUGGGGAAGAGCUCGGAACUGAUAAAUGGGAUAACUUGGAUGAUAUCUACAUGCAUGAUUACGAGGAAGUUGAUGAACUCGAGCAAUGGAUAUUUCAAGAAGAUGAAAACAUGACUGACGAUGAUGAUGAUGAUAACGACAAUGAUAACGAUGUGGAUGAUGAUGUGGAAGCUGGAAAUGAAGAGUAGAAAUGAAUGCCAUUUCUUCUUGUAUGAGGUAAGAAUCUUUAAACUCUUUCCUUGUUUGUGUUAUGAUAAGUAGGGUGUAAUGUAGGAAAUUGUCAACCUGUGUUGUAAUCUUGUGUUUGCUAGAACUUGUUAAACAAUGUCAGUUAAUAGUUAUUCUCUUAUUUUAUAAAUAAUUACAACA